CAUAAAAAGCUAAUCUGUAUCAUUUUUUAAAUUAUUCUGAGGUUUUAUCUGUUAAAUAGUUUGUGUUAUUCUUCACAGUAUGGCUAUUUUAUUCAUUUUCUUUCUUUUUCUUGUUAUUAUUUUGUAUAUUAUUACAUUUUCAACGUUUUUAUCAUCGUGUGUUUGUGUGUGUAUUUCUACACUAUCUAUCUUGUUAUUUGUGUAUUUCUUAGUUAGGGUAAGUACAAAGUGAAACUACUGUGAAUAUUAGCUCUGCUCAUGAAUAUUAAUUAGGCUAAUGGUUACCUUCAUUGAUGCUAUUGGUUCUCUUCAGUGACGAUCCGCCCACAUGAUCGACUACUUAACGCGUCUCUGGGAUUUAAACGUCAUUUUUUUAUCGUUUCCCGUCUUUCUCACAAUUAUUUUCCAGCUCUGAUUUAUUCAUUUAAAUCAGUUGAUGGUGUUUGUCACUGAGGAUUUUUAACUACUAAGGCUGCAGUUUGAAUUUACAGUUACCUGAAGUGAAGUCAGAAUGAUGAACUUUGGUCUCGUGACUAAAGAAAAACAGCCAGUUCCUCUGAAGAGCAUCAGUGUUGAGGUGCAGGUGAAGAGUCAUGUAGCUACAGUCACCUCCACUCUGCAGUAUGUGAAUGAGGAAGAGCGCCACCUGGAGGCCUUGUUUGUGUUUCCUCUGCCUGCUGAUGCUGCUGUCUGUCACUUCAGUGCCAAGAUCGGAGAUCAGGAGAUUGUGGCAGAGGUUCAAGAGAGACAAACUGCGAGGUAUUGGUAUGAUAAUGCUGUGAGUUCGGGUCAGCAGGCGUUUCUGUUGGAAGAGAGUGAAGAAAGUUCUGAUGUGUUCAGUCUGAGUGUUGGGUGUCUGUCACCGGGUCAGAACGCUGACAUCACCAUCACAUACAUCACUGAGCUCUCUGUGCAGGCCGACCACUCGCUGCGCUUCUGUCUGCCUGCUGUACUCAACCCCAGAUACACACCAGCAGGUUCAGAUGCUGGAAUAGUUUCAGAGAUUUCGUCAUGUGAUUCUGUUCCCUACACUUUGACUCUUAGUGUUCAUGUGAGCUCUCCAAACCCCAUCUCCAAACUAGAGUCCAACUGUACUCUGGAUCCUCUUGUGUUCCUCAACUCUGAUCACACUCAGGCAACGGUGAAUCUGAGUUCUGGUCACAAGUUUGAUAAAGAUGUUGAGUUGUUUCUGUACUAUCAGAAUACCCAUCAGCCCACUGCUAUAGUGGAGGCAGGAGUGAACACUGCAAAACCAGGUUCUCUGAUGAGUGACUCAGUGGUGAUGAUAAGUUUGUACCCAGAAUUCCCAAAGGAAGUGAUGUCAUCAUUAGCAACUCAAGGCGAGUUUGUUUUUGUGAUUGACAGAUCAGGCAGUAUGGCCUCUAUGAUGCAUAAUGGGGAAGGAGCACAAAUCCGUAUAGAAAGCGCAAAGGAAACUCUGCUGUUACUGUUGAAGAGUCUGCCCAUGGGCUGUUACUUUAAUAUCUAUGGAUUUGGUUCUCAUUUUGAGUCCUUCUUCCAUCAGAGUGUUGUGUACAAUCAGGACACAAUGGAUCAGGCACUGAAGAAAGUCAAUGAAAUGCGAGCAGACAUGGGCGGCACAGAGAUUUUACAGCCCCUAAAACACAUCUACAGUCAACCCUGUUACCCUGAACACCCCAGACAGUUGUUUGUCUUCACUGAUGGAGAGGUGGGGAACACUAAAGAGGUUCUGGAUCUUGUGAAACUUCAUGCUCACUCUCACAGGUGUUUCUCAUUCGGGAUUGGUGAGGGUGCAAGUACCGCCCUCAUCACAGGAAUGGCCAAAGCAGGAUCUGGACACGCCCAGUUCAUCACAGGCACAGACCGCAUGCAACCCAAAGUGAUGGAGUCUCUCAGGUUUGCUCUUCAGCCUGCAGUGAACAAGAUCUCAGUACAGUGGAAAGUACCAGAUGGCAUUACUGUUGACACACUGUCUCCACCCAUCAAUGUGCUCUUCCAGGGUCAAAGGUCACUCAUUUAUGCCCAACUUAAAGGACAGAGUUCAGAAAGCUCUGAAGGAUCAGUGAUAGUUCAAUACAACCUGAAAGAUCAACAAGUGACAAACCAGCUUCACUUCUGCCUUAAACCAACUGAGGACACUGGGUUGUCCAUCCAUCGUCUGGCGGCCCGGUCUCUGAUCCGCCGUCUGGAGCAGGAGGAGAGGACAGGAGGUGUAGAUGUGGAGGAUAUCAGGAGGAGGAUGGUGGAGAUCAGUGUUGAAGCAGGAGUGAGCAGUGUUCAUACAGCCUUCAUUGCCAUUAAUAAACACAACAGAGAGGCUGUGAAAGGACCUCUAAUACAGAGAAGAGUACCAACACAAGGGAUGCGCCGGCUAAACAUGACUCAAUCAAGUUUAGAGUGCGUGUCCACGAUGGGUAAAUGUGCAAUGGGGCCCGUGCUGAGGAGGCCUAUGCCCAUGAUGGCUAAUCCAUGUGCAAAAUCUGAUCUCCAUGAUGAUCCUUUACUUCAGCUGAUUUCUCUUCAAAAGGCUUCAGGCUGCUGGGAACUGAACGCUGCUUUGGCUCGAGUGUUUGGAAAGACUGAAGAUGAGCUGACCAAUCAGAAACCAGCACAGGUGGAUGGGUCAGUGUGGGCCACUCUUCUGUCUCUCAUCUGGUUAUACGGCUAUAAAAUACAGCAACAGAUUGAGUGGCAGUUUGUGGCCAUGAAGGCGGCGUCAUGGAUCGGCUCUCAGAACGUGGUCAGUCUGUCUCAGUGUGUGUGUGAUGGGAAUCAUCUACUGGGAUGUCAGGUGAAAGAAGAAACUUUGGGAAUCUGAAAACUUCACUGUUUCUACUUUCUGUGAUGUCAGAAGAGCAAAUUGCUUAUAUAGUCAUGUUUUAUAUCAUUUAGUUGAUAUUAUUUGCUGUCAAAUGGAAUCACAUUUGCUCAAAAAUUUAAAUGAUCCUGUAAGGAAAAAUAUUAAUAUAUAUUCAUCCGUUUGGCCCAAUGGCGGAAACCAACCGGCAUGACAAAGGGUCAUGAGCAUUUUGUCUUUUCUGGUGCUUGCAGAUGACUAUUUAACAUUUUUUUUGCUAUUCUGAAAUAAAAUUGAAACUUUCUAAAUAAAUUAAAAGCAUCUCAAUAAAAAAGACAUUUCUUCUG